AUGGUUGAUGAUAAGUUUUAUGGAGAUAUUGUAUCAUAUGAUAUUCAUACAUAUUGGAAUAAUAAUAAUCCAAAAGAUAGAGAAUUUGCAUAUAAUUUAAGAGAAAAAGUAUUAAAAGAAUAUGCUGAUGAAAUCGAAAAAGGAGAUAUAAGAGUUCAUAAAUUUUGGGAUAAACCAAUUGGUCCUCAUACUUUAAAUAUGUGGGAAUUAGAUUUUAAAAAACCAGAAAUUUUUGUUAAAUUAGUUCCAUUUUUCCAAUUAAAUCAUGGUAAAUUAUCAGUAUUAAUUCAUCCAAGAACAAGUCAAGGAGACUUAAAAGAUCAUACUGAUAAUGCAUUAUGGCUUGGUCAUAAAUUAAGAUUAGAUACAAGUUUUUUGAAAGAUUAA